GACGUUAGCUUAGCAUGACUUUCUCUCCGCGGCAGCCGUUUAAAACACGUCCUGUCUGUAACAGAACCGGGUUCAGCGGGGCGGCAGCGGGGUUUGGGGGUAUGAGCAGCGGUGGAGGGAGCCGACAGGAGCUUUAAUGCGGAGUUAAGAACCUGAGGAGAUACGAGGUGAGAGAUGUUUGAAAAUUUCAGGGAGAAACUGCAGACAGUGCAGCAGGACUUCACCACAGGAAUUAAGACCCUGAGCGACAAGUCCAAGGACGCCAAAGUGAAGAAGAAACAGAGAAGAGAAGAACAUCUUCCUCAGUACUCAGCUGGAGUGGAAGUGUUGAACCGAUAUGAAGACACUUGGGUGACUCUGCACAAACGAACAAAAGAAUGUGCCAAAGCUGCAGAAACAGUGGACGGGGAGGUGGUGAUGCUGUCUGCACACUGGGAGAGGAGACGAGGAGCCCUGAUGGAGCUGCAGGAACAGCUACAGCAAAUACCUGCCUUCCUCACAGACCUGGAGACCAUCACGUCUCGAAUCGCUCAGCUGGAAGCAGACUUUGAAGAGAUGGAGAGUCAUCUAAUGUACCUGGACAACCUGUGCGGUCAGUGUGAGCAACAACGCUUCAAGCACUUUCAAAUCCUACAGCUGGAAAACUACAAGAAGAAGAAGAGGAAAGAACUGGAGUCUCUAAAAGCGGAGCUGGACACUGAGCAUGCCCAGAAGGUGCUGGAGGUGGAGCAUGCGCAGCAGGCGAAGCUGAAAGAACGGCAGAAGUACUUCGAGGAGGCAUUCCAGCAAGACAUGGAGCAAUAUCUCUCCACAGGGUACCUGCAGAUCACAGGAGACAGGAGAGGUCCAAUAGGCAGCAUGUCCUCUAUGGAGGUGAAUGUAGACAUGCUGGAGCAGAUGGACCUCACUGACGUUUCUGAUCACGAGGCUCUGGAUGUCUUCCUCAACUCUGGUGGAGAAGAUAAUGCUGUCUCCCCAACUACAGAGGAAGGGUCAGCUGCAGCCGAGAUCAGCCUGAAGGUACCCGAGCACGCAGAGAAGCGUCAGACCGUCUCGUCCCUGUCCUCCUCCUGCACGGACACCUUCAGCGGAGUGACCGAAGGGCCGGACGAGGAGGAGGACGCCAGCGAGGAGAGCGGACAGGGAGACUCGCCGGUGGUGCAGUCUGACGAGGAGGAGGUACAGGCUGACAUGACCCUCGCCGGCCUCCCUGAGGCUGAGGAGAGGCUCAAACACUCAGACGACAGCGACACGCAGACGCCCUAGUGUCUGUCCACGAACACUAAAUCAAUCAAUCAAUCAAUCGGGUCGGUUUCAUGGACAUGAACGUAUGCAUGCUCAUGAACUGGACUCGGCCCUGCUGAUGCUCCGUCAGAAAACAGGAGCUGCUCAGCAGCGCUGUGUUACGAUCGCUCCGGAGCUUCUGUACAAACUAAAACCUGUAUCCGUCUGAAACUGAAAAGGAGCUUUGAGAACUGACAUCCGGACCGUACGGAGAUCGACGCUUUCAGACUGUUUUUCUCAGCACUGUGAUUUCGCUUAAGUAAUGCUGUACAUUGUAUGACUGUCCUAAUUGCAGCAUCAGAUAUAUAUAAAUAUAUCACAAGUUAUAGAGAUUUUCCUAUAAACUCACCAUGUUUCUACACACAACAAGGUUGUGAAGAGCUAUCGUUUGCAGAUGUAUUGCAUGAUGGAAAAAAUCCGGCUAUAUGAAGCGUACGCUUAUUUCAGUUGCUCCUAAUUUGACUGAAGGUGGAUCCACUGGAGACGUGGAAAGGAGCUUUGAUCUCCUUGUCGUUUUUCUUUGUUAGUUUCCUGCUGUUGAAUAAAAUAGCUGUACAUAUUUUAAA